CGACCAAACUCACCAAACAUCAGCCCGAGGCACUGGGAAGCAACGGCCAACUUCACCCGAGACCCUGGGCUGAUCAUCAGCAAGCCCGUACCUCCUGCCUAUGUGAUCUGCCUCAUUUCAAAGGUUUCUGGAGGGUGUUGAUGGAGAGGAUUUCGAAUGACAGCCGGGACAGUGGUCAUCACAGGAGGAAUUUUAGCAACUGUUAUCUUACUAUGUAUCAUUGCUGUACUGUGCUACUGUAGGCUGCAGUAUUAUUGCUGUAAGAAGGAAGAAUCGGAGUCGGAGGAGGAGGAGCCUGACUUCGCCGUGACGUCGCGCCUCCCGCCUGUCCACUCCAACCACAACCUGCUGGCGGCCUCCGCAGCCACGGCGACGACUGGCCACAGCAUUGCCGUGGGCGGCGGGGGGGGCAUCGCCACAGCCAACGGCCCCGUGGCCUUGUUCACGCCGCCCACCACGCGCAAGCUGACGCGCUCGCACACCUUCUGCCCGUCGUGCACCUCGCGCUACGAGCUGCCCUUCUACCUGCAGCCGCCGGCGCCGCCCGUCGUGGAGAGCCACCUGCGCAACGGCGGAGAGCGCCUCAGCUACCGCGCCGUGCAUCAGCAGGACCUGCAGCUGCCCGUGGAGAUGCCCGUGCCCAGGUACGCCCACGGCCACGCGCACCCGCACCACCAGCAGCAGGCCCUGCUCCACCCGCAGGCCCUCCACCUGCCGGCGCCUAGCAACAAGCUCAACCUGACGCGCUCCGUCACCAUGCGCGAGAUGUUCACGCGCAGCUGCAGCAUCAGCACCGACGUCUAG